AUGGCUACUACUCCUAAUGAUUACAUCCUAUCUUUAUCAGAUGAACAAAUUGAGAAUGAUCAACAAGUAGGUAUCAAAGCAAUUAGAUUGUUCCUUCAAUCAAAAACAUCAUAUGAUGUAUUACCAGUGUCAUAUAGAUUAAUAGUAUUAGAUACAACAUUAUUAGUUAAAAAAUCAUUAAAUAUAUUAUUACAAAAUAAUAUUGUAUCUGCUCCAUUAUGGAACCCUCAAACAUCAAGAUUUGCUGGGCUUUUAACUGCUUCUGAUUUCAUAAAUGUAAUUCAGUAUUAUUUUCAAUUUCCUGAAAAAUUUGAAUUUGUGGAUCAAUUGACAUUAAAUGGAUUAAGAGAUGUUGAAAAAGCAAUAGGAGUAGAUCAAAUUGAAAACAAUCAUAUUCAUCCAUUUAAAAGUCUUUACGAAGCAUGUAUAAAAAUGUUGGAUUCAAAGGCUAGAAGAAUUCCAUUGAUAGAUGAAGAUGAAAAAAUUAAAAAAGAAAUAGUAGUAUCUGUCCUCACUCAAUAUCGUAUAUUGAAAUUUGUGGCAUUAAAUUGUAAAGAAACAAAAAUGCUACUCAAACCAAUCAAAAACUUAAAGUCGCUAAACGUGUUAAAUAAAGAAAUUUCGACUGUCACAAUGGGCACUCCAGUAAUUGAAGCUAUUCAUUUAUUAGCUCAUCGAUCAGUUAGUUCCUUGCCUGUCGUAGAUGAAAAUAAUAAAUUGGUUAAUGUUUAUGAAGCAUUUGAUAUUUUAACCCUCGUCAAGAAUGGAAUGUACACUGAUUUAGAUUUAAGUAUUGGAGAUGCAUUAUUAAGAAGAAGUGAGGAGUUUGAAGGUGUACAUACAUGUACGUUGAACGAUCGAUUAAGUACUAUUAUGGAUACUAUUAGAAAAUCAAGAUUACAUCGUUUAUUUGUUGUUGAUGAUGAUGGGAAAUUAAUUAGUGUGAUUACGUUGAGUGAUAUUUUGAAUUAUAUAUUGUAUGGGGAUGAUUAA